AAAUCAACCUCACCCCGACUCUUCGCUCCAGAAAAAAGCAGGCAAAAUUGGGGGGAAAACCACCACCACCGCAAGGGUUUUCACUUCAUUCCCUCGAGGAUGGAGAUGGAGACGAAGACUCAUCAGCAGCUUCCUUCCUUUUGCUCCUCUUUUCCCAAUUUUGGUAUCCAGACGCCUUCGACAAACCAUAUGUAUGUCAUCAUCGCUCUUCCUGCCAACAACAACAAAAUCAGCGCUACUUCUCCUUUUCCUUCUCAAAUCAUCGAUCAUGUCGAUAGAAAAAGGAAGACGCAGGGACAUUAUGAGAAGAAAAAGAAGAAGAAAAUACACGCUAGCACCAAACAAGAUGAGCAUCUUGAAACUGAACAUAAGUUGGUAAAUAUUGGCCAAAAGGAGGAGAUGAAGGGCUUAGUUACUUGUUUGAAUCAGCAUUCCUAUGAUAACAAAACGCAACUUAACUUCAAAAAGGAACAACAUCUGGGUACUGAAAACCCUUUACUUCAUUCUGGUACGCUUCAACACAAGGAUGAAAUUCCUAAUAGCGUGAUGAAGACAAUUACACCUUAUUUAAAUCACGAUUGUAAUGACAUUGCAAGGAAGAAGACACUACAAACUAAUGCUACAAAAGACAAGGGACCUCUGGGAACUGAAAACACUUCAGAGCAUCUUGAUAUUGCUUCUGUCACAGACACCAAAAAUGGUGUUCCUAACAAUAGAGGAAAGGACUUGAAGAUUAAUGAUACAGUUACUCCCUCUAUAAUUCAGGGUUCUGAUGCUAACAACAACAAGACCAUGACAAAGACACUAAUUGACGCCAGAAAGGAGGAGGUGUAUCUGGCAACUGGUAACAACUUACAGCAUUUUAGGAAACCCUACCGAAAGAAUGAAGUACCUAACAAGGUGGAGGAAAAAAGCAAAAGGAUAAAGGGUUCAGAGGUGAAAGAGACAAUUCCUCCUCCUAAUAAGAAGAAAAAGAAGACUCUACAAUCUAGCGCCAAGAAAGAGGACGUGCAUAUUGGAACUAAUAAUGGUUUACAGUAUUAUCAACAUAAGGAUGAAAUUCCUAACGGAGUCGAUGAGAUGACUACUCCUUUAAAUCAGAGUUGUAAUGCUAACAGAAAGAAGAACAAGAAGAAGAGAAUACAAUUUAGUGCCACAAAGCAGGAGGAUGACAAUUUACAAUAUUUUCGUGAAGUUAAACAAGAAGAUAAAGUUUCUAAAAAGAAGAACAAGAAGAGGAAGGAUUUAGAUGACGAUAAUACCACUGCUUUCUGCUUGGACAAGGUUGCACACAAUAUUCCCUGCAUUAUGUCUAAACAUGAUCUUGAUGAUCCAUUUUCUCAAUUUGUGUACAAGGAUGAUGAUUAUCAUUCAAUUUCGAAUAAGACAGGCAGAGGAGGUACACUUUGCCAUUCAAACUCACAUGUUAAUGAAAAGAUUUCACCUUCCACCUUGAAGGUGCCACCCUACUUCCAGAAGGCAGUGAACGAAAAAGAAGGAUCUAUUGUUGAUCAAAAGAUGUCACACUUUACGGUGAAGGUGUCACCUUACUUCCAAAAGGCAGUAAAAUUAAAAGAAGGCGCUGUUGGUGAUCCGAAGAUGUCACCCUCCACUGUGAAGGUGUUACCCUCCACUGUGAAGGUGUCACCCUACUUUGAGAAGGCACUGAAGGAAAAGGAAGACUCUGUUGGCAGUCAAAACAUGCCACCUUCUACCGUGAAAUUGUCACCCUACUUUCAAGAGGUGGUAAAAGGAAAAGAAGCUUCUGUUGGUUAUCAGAAGAUGUCCACCGUGAAGGUGUCACCUUACUUCCAAAAGGCACUAAAAGAAAAAGAAGGUUCUGUUGGAUGCUUCAAGAAAGGGAGAGCUAAAUCAAAAUUACUGCGAACGAAAGCUAUGAAAGAAGAAAACGAAAAAACAAAGAAAAAGAGUAAGAAGAAAGAUCCAUCAGAAAACCUUACCGCUGCACAAAAGCGAGAUGAGGCCUACAAGAAGAAGACUCCAGAUAACACGUGGAAGCCUCCACGAUCUUAUCAUAACCUCAUCCAGGAGGAUCAUUUCCAUGAUACCUGGAGGGUUGUGACUAUAUGUGUACUUCUAAAUCAAACACAGGGUGUGCAGGUUAAACGGGUGAUAUCGGAUUUCUUUAGCUUAUGCCCAGAUGCAAAGACUGCUACAGAGGUUCCUGCAGAGAUUAUGCAAAAGGUUAUACAACCACUUGGAUUACAAAGAAAAAGGACAAAGAUAAUUCAGACACUGUCUGAACAAUAUAUAGAUGACGAAUGGACACAUGUGACUCAACUGCAUGGUGUUGGGAAGUAUGUAUUGUAUGUAGGUAUGCAGCGGAUGCGUAUGCAAUAUUUUGUACAGGGCAUUGGAAGCGUGUGAGACCAAAGGAUCAUAUGCUGAAUAGGUGAAAGAUUGAUGAUUUGAGGUGGAAUUUCUUCAAGAUUGGUGCUGUUGGAAGUGACAGAUUCAAUUCAGUAAGUUUGAAAAUUCAUAUAAAAUCAACCAUUUGUCCAAAUAAGAUGUUAUUUAUAUGAAUAGAAAGAUCUAUGAGUGUACUACAACUUUGUAGUUUACACAAAAACCUAAUUAUGAGUUUAAGCAACUCGAAAACACUGGUUUUCCCAGCCCUGUUCUGCAGCUUCGAAAUUUCACUAUGUUAGUGUAAAUUCUGUAGUAAUUAUACCAGAGCUCCAAAUUAUGUGAAUUCAGUUUCUUUGAAAUCCUAAGAGGUAUAUCUACAACUUUCAUUUUUACAUGAAGGUUUGGUUUAUCUUCUAAGUAUGAGAAAAAAGGCUUAAACUUUAGGUGUUAAGAAUCUGUUAGCUACUGUUUUGAUAUGUAGAGAUUGGAUUUUUACAAAUUUUGUUUAGGGUUCUAUUAUUUGUAUUGAGUGUUUAUUAAGUAUCCUAAGGGUAUUUUAAGCACAUUUGAAGAUCCGUAGGAGAAAUUGAUAAGAAUUGUUAUCGAAAGUCGUUUGAAGGUAUUUUUAUCUAACAAGUGUAGGUAACCCGGAAGGAGAGAACCGUUCAUAAGCCUCAAAUCUCUUGUGACUAUUUCUAACACUUCCAAGGUACGAAUAUCUACAUCCUUUCAAUACGUGGGUAAUCAAAUGUAGUGAUUAUCCAUUCCGCGGAAUCUUGACCAUGGUAUUCAUCCACAAAAGUAGAGGUUAUCAAGAUGUUAUCCGAAAUCUUUUGUGUUUAUGAGAUGUCUUGUUUUAAAGACUUUGUAUGCUUGAGACUUCGAUCCAUUAACGGCGUAUUCUAUGAUUCUUGCCGAUAAAUUAAGUUGAAAGCUUCAUGGUUUUAUUAUUCUAGUUAUCCCAUGUUAAAUUAUUGAUACGAUUUCGGAGUUUGAGUUUAAGGUUAUUGAAUUUAGUUAUGACUAGGCUCAAUACUUCGGGAACAUGUAUUGAGACGCAUCUAUGAUGGCUAAAAUAGUCAUGACAUUCUCAUAAGGGUUAUGGCCAAGCCAAAUAGAGAAUGUUGGAUGCAUCCUUGAACCGAAUACCAUAUACCAUGGUUCCUGGAUAGAGCAGAAUUCCAAUUACAUUGGUUACCACAUAGAAUCGAAUACCAUAUAUCUCUGGUUGUCGGGGAAUGAGAUGGUGUUGCGUCCAACACUUCCAUUCCAUUACGACGCCUGAUUGGACUGAUCAUCCAUCGGGAACAACGUAUCCUAAUGAUACGGUUG